AAGCACCCUUCCACCAUUGAGACAUCUUCUAGGGCGGUGCCCUGGUGAAGUCGUGUUGCUGUCUUGGGAUUAUACACCAGCAUCCGCCCGCCUUUUCGUUGGUUUCUUCUCAAAUAUACAGAGCCCGGAGAGCCAAGUGGAUUUGGGGUUUCUUAAAACAACAAGCCAGCGAGAAACUGCUUUUUGGAAAGCUGUGGGUCAGCCAUAAAAAGCUUGCCUCUUUUGAAAAGCGGGUCCUGUGCCUUACACAGGAGGGUUCGAGGCCUAGCCUUUAAGGACCAGGGUCGCUUCUGUUUACAGCUGCUUCUGGGGUCUCUCCGGAAGCUGCCCUCCUCUGGGCCAGAGUCAUGCCCUCCCGAAGCGACUCCAGCUACUCGCUGACGGCCCGCACCACGUCCCGCAGCUUCACGCACCUCCGUGCCCGGCGGGCCUGGCUUCAGAUCAUCCUCCUCCUCGGCUUCGUUCAGAUGAUCCUAGGCGUCCUGAUCGUGACGUUGAGCCUGCUGGUAACCACCAACAUGCCCUCGCAGAGCCACAUCCGGAACGCGUGUCCCAUCUGGGCUGGUUUUCCGUUGGCAUUCUCCGGAGUGGUUGGCAUCAUCUCCUGGAGGCGCCCAUUCACCCCGGUGAUUACCUUCUUCACGCUCCUCUCAGUGCUCGGAGUCAUGCUUACCCUGGCUGGCUCCAUCCUCUCCUGCCAAAAUGCCCAGCAGCAGGUGAAGUCCCUGGAGGCUUGCGAGCCGGUAAGACAACGGGACCGUUAUGCGGUCUGGAAGGAGCAGGGGAUACGGAGCCUGGACUUCCAGCAGGGCACCUCCCCAUCUCAGCUGUGCCCUUGCUGCCAGCUUGGAAGCUGCGGAAGUAACGCAGAACUGGAUCCAAAUUGCUCCAAAGUCCGCCUGGUCCUCAAGGACCUCCUCUUCAGUGUGUGUGGCUUGACUGUUUUCGCCAUCGUGGUGUGCACCCUCUCUGCCAUUAUGUGUUGCAUCCAAAUCUUCUCUUUCGACAUCCUCUAUGCGCUGUCCCCUCCACGUUCCAGCUCUGUGACCCUGGAUUGCACUUCUCCCCCGGACACAUUCUUGCAGCAUAUGUUGGACCUGGAAGAGUUUGUUCCCCCAGUGCCCCCACCUCCCUAUUACCCUCCAGAGUACACCUGCAGUUCAGAGACAGAUGCCCAAAGCAUAACCUACAAUGGCUCAAUGGACAGCCCCGUUCCUCUCUACCCCACCGACUUCCCUCCCAGUUACGAGGCCGUCAUGGGACUCCAUGGAGACAGCCAGGUGACUCUGUUUGACUCGCAGUUUACAGAUACCUCACACGGUCCUUGUUCCUGCAACCGGGUCCCAUCUGUUGUGCUCAGUGGUGAAGCGGUUUCCAUGGACAGCGGCUCCCUGAUUAUGUCGGAGAUUGUGGACAUUCCCGGCGACAGCAGCCCAUCCGAGGACUCCUGCCUGCUUGAUGCCAGCGGGUCGGCCUGCUCGGUGGAUUACGUCUUGUUCCGCUCCAUCCAGCGCAGCCGGGCCGACUACUGCUUGAGCGUGGACUGCGGGCAAUGCGGCCUGCACCCUCAGAGCCCCACCCUGCAGGGCCCUUUCGAGGAGACGCCCCAGGCGCGCUUGCGCGGGGAGCGCUCGCACUCCUGCUCCACGCCAGGCUCCACGGGCUACGAGGGCUUGCGGGAGGCGGGCAAUGCCCAUACGCACAGCUGCCAGCGCCUGGAGAGCUUAGGCCAAAGCGCCGGGCCUUGCUUCCCCGAGGUGCGUGUCAAGCCCAAGGCCUCGCUGCCGGGACGCAAAGGCGCCGGGCGGCAGCGCCGGAGCAGCGAGGCCUCGUACCGCCUGCCUUCUGUCCAGGGUCCUCUGCUGAGGUCUCACAGCGAUCCUGGCAUUGUCACGGCCUGCGAGAAUGAAGCGGACUUCCAGGAGGUAUUCUGCGCCAAGGCGUCGGAGGAGGAUGGGCCCAACUCCUCAGCAGAUACAGGGCCGUGCUCGGAAGCUUGCCUUUUGCACCCGUCGCUCUGCGAGCUGCCCCUGCGGGCUCGCUUGGCAGGGAAGGCCAAGAUGGAGCUUCCACGGAAGGCGCCGCUGCAGCACCUGUCCAAGACUGGCACACGCUCCCUGGGGGACCUGAAGGUGUGCCGUGGGACGCGUGGGAUCGUGGCCCGUUUCCUGCACAGGUCCAAGCGCAACCUGGCCUUGGCGGGAGCAGAAAUGGCAGGGCGCAGCAGCACUCCGGGGCGCAAGCAGGUGCCCAGGCAGAGGCUGGAGCGGAGCUCUCCGGAGGGGAUUCACCUGCAGAGCUGUGGGGACCUGAGCUCUACCUCGCCCUUGCGGCGCUUGCUCUCCGGCCGACGGCUGGAGCGAAGGCGGCCUCACAGCCUUAGCGGACUCGUCCGAGAGAGUAACCUGUAAGAGGCCGUUC